CCUCUCUUUUGAAAAAGAACAUCUUCAUUCUUCUCUAAUCUUCUCUCCGAUCUCCGAUUUCGACGCCGUCUUCUUAAUUUUUUGUCGAGGAAAGUCGGAGAUCGGCACCGUCAAUUCUCCGAUCUUCCUCCGGGUUCACAAUUCGCCGUCGUACAUUCGCAGUUCAUCCUCUUUACCUCGAGAAACCAAGGAAAAUUGAACAUAAUUUCUUUGUCAAUUGAAGUCCCCUUCAGAAUUGCUGAAUAGUGUACAUAAUACGAUAGAUUGGCGUUGGAGAAUGGGUGUGAUUUCCCAUAGGGUAAUGCCUGCGUGUGAUCAGCUCUGCGUUUGUUGCCCGGCCAUGCGGCCCAGGUCACGGCAGCCGGUGAAGCGCUACAAGAAGAUGCUCACCGAUAUAUUUCCCCGAUCUCCGGGAGGGGAACCCAAUGAACGAAUGAUUAACAAAUUGUGUGAAUAUGCUUCAAAAAAUCCACUGCGUAUACCUAAGAUCACGACUUCUCUUGAGCAAAGGUUCUAUCGGGAAUUAAGAAAUGGGAAUCUUUCAUCAGUAAAGAUUGUCAUGUUAAUAUACCGGAGAUUGAUAGCAUCUUGCAAGCAGCAAAUGCCAUUGUUUGCAGGAAGCUUUAUCAGUGUUGUACAAAUUUUACUGGAUCAAAUCGGUAAUGAUGAAAUGUGCAUUGUUGGAUGUGAAUCACUGUUUGACUUUAUAAACAAUCAGAUCGAUGCAACAUACAUGUUUAACCUAGAAGGCUUAAUACCAAAAAUCUGUCUUCUUUCUCAAGAGAUGGGAGAUGAGCUAAGAGUGCAGAAAUUGCGUUGUGCUGGUCUUCAAGUUCUCUCUUCUAUGGUUUGGUUCAUGGGAGAAUUUGGACACAUGCCAUCAGAGUUUGACAAUGUUGUUUCUGCUGUCUUGGAAAAUUAUGAAAGCCCUGAGGAAAAACUUGAUCAGCAGGAUUACCGAGAUGCCCACAAUUAUAUGGGUGGAAAAGUUUAUGAUCAAAUGACAAGAGUUACUUCUUGGAGGAAUAUUUUAACUGAUAGGGGCCUUAAUGUGACUUUAGAAGAAUUUUCAAAUCCUAAGUUCUGGUCUAAGGUGUGCUUACAUAACAUGGCAAAGUUAGCCAAGGAGGGAACAACUGUGCGACGCGUUUUAGAGUCUCUAUUCUGUUAUUUUGAUAAUGGAAAUCUUUGGUCAACACAAUAUGGAGUUGCCCUCUCUGUUUUGCUGGACAUGCAAUUUAUUAUGGAGAAUUCUGGACAUAACACACAUUUUCUGUUGUCCACAUUAAUCAAGCACCUCGAUCACAAGAAUGUCCUAAAAAACCCUAAUAUGCAGGUAGAUAUUGUUGAAGUUGCCACCUCUCUUUCUGUGUACACGAAGGCACAGACAUCUGCUACAGUUGUGGGUGCAUUUAGUGAUAUGAUGAGACACCUCAGAAAAAGCAUACACUGUUCCCUUGAUGACUCAGAAAUGGGGGAAGAAGUAAUUCAAUGGAACAGAAAAUAUCGUGCUGCAGUUGACGAAUGCCUGGUCCAGAUUUCUCGUAAGAUUGGGGAUGCUGGCCAAAUUCUUGAUGUUAUGGCAGUAAUGCUGGAAAGCAUCUCAAACAUACCAGUAAUGGCCAGAAACACAAUUGCUACUGUGUACCGUACUGCUCAAAUAGCAGCAUCAUUGCCAAAUAUUUCAUAUCAAAACAAGGCUUUCCCUGAGGCUUUGUUCCAUCAAAUUCUUCUAGCCAUGGUUUCACCAGACCAUGAGACGAGGAUUGGGGCACAUCGUGUAUUUUCUGUUGUACUUGUUCCUUCAUCUGUUUGCCCUUGUCCUUAUCGUGGUGUUCUGCCCUCAACUGUGACUGCUAGCUUUCAGAGAACUCUUUCCAGAACUACUUCCGUUUUUUCUUCUUCAGCUGCUUUAUUUGAAAAAAUUAGUAAGGAGCCCCUCUCAGUACGAGAAAGUGUGGAAAGAAAGGAAAAUGAUUUCCAGGAUGAGAUUGCAACUCUCAAUGGCCAAUCUGUGCUGAACCGGUUAAGAUCAAGCUAUAGCAGAAUCUAUUCGGCUAAAAGGAAUUCCUUGACGGAAAUUAAUGAAGAAUCAACAUCGGGUAUAGAAGAAAGGGAAGCGGUGGGCACUUCUCUCAAGCUGAAAACACGACAAAUGAGUAUACUGCUUUCUUCCAUAUGGGUCCAAGCGAUCUCUCCUUCAAAUAAACCUGAGGAUUUUGAAGCAAUUGCUCAUACAUACAGCUUGGUAGUGUUAUUUUCGCAAAUGAAGAAGUCCAGUGAUGAAGUCCUUAUUCGUAGUUUCCAGCUUGCCUUUUCAUUGAGGAAUAUUUCACUUCAUGGGGGAGGACAGUUGCCACCUUCACGUCGCAGAUCACUCUUUACUGUAUCAACAGCUAUGAUAAUUUUCUUGUCAAAGGCAUAUAACUUCACCCAUCUUGUUGUUUCUGCCAAAGAUGCAGUAUCUGAUGAAACAGCAGAUCCUUUCCUUCGGUUGGUGGAUGAUUCCAAAUUGCAGGUUGUUAGUUUAAAUCCUAACAUAGUUUAUGGAUCACCAGAGGAUGAUAAUGAUGCUCUAAAAUCACUAUCAGAAGUAGAGAUAUCUAAGCAAUUAUCUACAGAAACUUUUGCAUCAAUGAUAGUAGAAAGUUUGAAGAAGUCACUGACGGAUAAGACAAAUCUUAUUAAGGAGCAAUUACUUCAAGAAUUUCUUCCAGAUGAUGUUUGUCCAUUGGGGGCUCAACUGCUCAAUGAAAUUCCUGCCCAAAUCUACCAGUUUGGGUCCAAAGCUCUAGAUGAGCCUUUACAUCAGAUCAUCACUGCAGACCACAUCCUUAAGACUGAUGGGUUUGAGAGUGAGGCAGAUGCAAAUUCUCAACUUCUCUUACAAAACCCUAGCCUUCUGGACAUCAAUCAGUUUAUGGAUUCGGUAUCAGAGACAACAAAUGUCGGAAGACUCUCUGUCUCAGCUCCUUCUGUCAUGAGUUUCAAAGACAUGGCUAACCAGUGUGAAGCCCUUCAAAUGGGAAAGCAGAAAAAGAUGCAUUUUAUGAGUUCCCAAAAGAUUCAACAAAAUGCAUUGUUGUGUAACGAGACAGGCUUCCUCCUGGAAAAUAUCAGCCCAUCUUACUCCCUACUUGAUCAGCUUCAUAUAGCAAACAGCAAUCCAUUUUGCGACACCAUUGCCUCGGAGCCUUCAAUGAACACUGCUCUAAUUUCGUGCGGAGCUGAAUACCAGCACCAUCCCAGCUACCUUGUUCUGCCAGCUGCAAGUCCAUAUGAUAAUUUCCUCAAGGCUGUUGGAAGUUAAAUCUGUAUAUUCAGUCAAUUUAUUUUGAACCACAGGUAUUUCUAUCAUUUUUUUGGAACUCGUUCUGCCCACUUCGCAAUCCAUCUCUUAUGUAUGUUGUUUGCCUAAAGGCUUUGAGAUCCUGAGAUUAUUGAAGAAGUUUUUAGUGUGCAGGGAAAAUGGCAGCAUUUAGUGUUACAUAAACCACAUACAUGUGAUUAAAUGUGUAUAAUUACGUGACUUGGACAAUUAUAUUCUAAGUGAGUACGGGUCUAAUUUAUGCGGAUGCAUCAUUGUACAUUAAGCAUAUGCGAAUGCGACGAAUUGGGAAAAUUAUAUUCAAGUGUGUAGGUGUACAAUAUAUUUGGAUGUAUCAUUGUACUUUGAGCAUAUGAGAAUGCAAAGAAUUGAUACAUUUAUAUUCUAAGGUGUAGAUAACCUUUUCUCAUUCCUAGGUAAUGGCUGCUUGGUCACAAAUCUAACAAAUAGCUCCUUAACAAAUAUGGCCUCUCUCACAUCACCACCCCUCCCCACACCCAAGAACAUAACGACACUACAGAGCGGUAUCACCAUCACAUUGUUGAAAUUGGCUCGUCUCCCUCGUUGUCGCUACAGUUUACCCCAUGAACAGUCUCUUCACCUCUGUCCUCUGCGGGUUAAAAAAGUCUUUUAAGGGAU